AUGUUAGGGAGGCAUACAUACGAUAAUAUAGCAGAAAUAAUUGAAAAAGUUCUUACAGAAUUUGAUGUACAGUCUAAAACCACUCUAAUUGUCACAGAUAACGCAGCAAAUUUUGUUAAAGCUUUCAAAGUGUUUGGUGCUAAUAAUGAAAUUGACAAUAGUGGUAAUAUUGAAAUGUGUGGAAUUGAAAUUGAAAAUGAUGAAAUAUUGAGAACCAUAAAUAUCACUGAAAUACUUGAUGGUCAAACUCAAAACACAAAUGAUGUAUUAGAUAUAAAAUUGCCAAAACAUCAAAGAUGUGCUGCGCACACGUUAAAUUUAAUUGCAACAGUUGAUAUUCUUGAAGCAGAAAAAGAUGGUCCAUAUAAAGUACUUAGUAGACGUGUGUUUGCUAAAUGUCAAUCUAUUUUCAAUAAGCAGAAUCAAUCGACACAAUGUGCUGAUAAAAUUAAAGAAAUUCUGGGAAGAUAUCUUAUAACACCAAACGCUACCAGAUGGAAUUCGUUCUACGAUGCCAUAAAAUGUAUUGUUGACCAUAUAGAUAAAAUGGAUACAAUAUUCACAGCAUUUCAAUUAACUCCUUUCUCAGGUCAAAGAGAGUCUUCAUUUUUAAUUGAAUACUGCAAGGUGAUGAAACCAAUCGCAACAGGGCUAGAUGUUUUACAAGGUGAACAACAUGUUUGUAUUGGAUAUCUAUUACCAACAAUUACAGCUAUAAACAAAGCCUUAAAUGAAUUCAAUAAUUUAAAUUUCUGUAGACCAUUGGUUCAUGCUUUAAAAAAUGGAUUAACCAAAAGGUUUAAAAAUUACAUGCAGUCAAAAACAUUACAAGUUUCUUCGGCAUUGGUACCAAAGUUCAAAUUAAUUUGGGCUAAUCCCGAAGACAGAAACAUCAUAAAACAACAUGUUAUUGAUCGUGUGCAAUUUCAUUUUGAUCAAAACACAAAUCUUUCUUCUCUAAGUUCUUCAAAUCUUGAAACAAACAGUGAAGAUGAAGAUGAUUUUUUCACUUUUUCUAAUGAUGAAAUCUCAGUAAUUAACUCUGAUUUCCAAACUUUAGUUACUAAUUAUUUAACAAAUACUAACAUUAAGGUACCACUUGAUUUAACACACGAAUUAAAAAAAGCUUAUAUAGAAUUUAAUACAGCUAUACCGUCAUCUGCUCCUGUGGAGAGAUUGUUUAGUGCUGGUGGUCAAUUAUUUGACAAAAGGAGAGGAUCCAUUUCUGAUAACAAUUUUGAAAUGUCUCUUUUGUUAAAAUAUAAUAAAUAUUUUUGA